GAUUGUGCAAUGGAAUGGGUUGUAACCGAUCAGGAUCGUAAGCGUUUGCAAAAUCUAGCGGAAUUUGCCAGUGAAGACAACAAAGGCGCUUUAAAGAAGUUUUGUGCUAAAGAGAAAUUAUCUCUUGAGGAUAUCACUACGAUUAAGAAUUUUCAGGAUGUCUUGCCGAAAGAUGCACCUCUGUUCCUGUUUCUCAACAACCUUACCAUCCAUCAUGAAAAUGUAGUGUACAAAGCUUCGGAUGAAUUUCGUGCGAAAACGGAAAUGCUUCGUCGGAAACAAGAGAACAUGGCUUACAAAAGGAUUGUCCAAUCCGUUGACGCUAGUCAAAAGUACGGAAAGAUCGAUCACAUGGAAAAUUUUGGAGCAGAACUUCGUGCAGUAAAUCGACAAUUGAUAAACAUCAUCAACAUUGUGAUAACGGUUGUCGGCGCUUUCUUUUUUGGAUUCUCCGGUGUUCAAUUUGCAUAUCCUCAUCUACAUCUUGACAUUGCUACCCGAUUUAUUAUAGGUCUUAUUCCUGCAACAAUAGUAUUUUUCGCAGACUUAUACUUUGUAAUAAAAAGUAUGGAUCAGGACGAUACUAAGGAUUGUCCACCUGGUGUGUUAAGUUUUAAGGAAAUGGCUAAGAAGAACGAGUAG